AUGUCUUCGUCCAAGAGAAUCACCAAGGAGCUAAACGACUGCCUCACCUCCCCACCCCCCUCCAUCACCAUCACCCUCCCCUCGGAAUCCAAUAUCUCCCUCUGGCACAUCACCCUCACCGCACCCCCGGAAUCAAUCUACUCCGGCGGCAAAUUCGGCCUGAUUGUGCAAUUUCCCCCAGAAUACCCCUUCAAACCUCCCACCAUCACCUUCGCAACCCGCAUCUACCACCCCAACAUCACCAACGAGACAAACGGCUCCAUCUGCCUUUCGUUGCUCAAAACAGACAACUGGAAGCCGUCAACCAAGAUUGUCACUGUGCUGGAGGCGAUUAGACAACUGCUUGCCGAGCCGCAGCCGGAUGACCCAUUGGAAACAAGAAUCGCGGAGCAGUACAAGAAUGAGAGGAAGGAGUUCGAGAAGGAGGCGAGGGCGUAUGUGGGGAGGUAUGCCAAGGGGCCGGUGAAGUUUGGCACCGAGGCGGGGGCGGCGACGACUGGGGGGGAGGGACAACAGCAGCAACAACAGGUGUCUUAGUUUGAUAUUUGGGGUCUUUGGACCGGGGGGGUGCCGCCGAGGUUUCCUCCGAGAACGACGAAUGCUCUUUUGGAGCGGCGGCGGGUGGCGUCUUGGUGGGCUGAUGUUUGAGGUGCUUGGAGCUGGGGCGUGUUGGGAGGGUUUUUGGGGGGUGGUGUUGCUGGACCUGCUGUUUGGAGGGGGUUCGUGUGUGGUGGUUUGGGAGAGGAGGAUGGGGGAGAAGGUAGUUGGGGGAAAAGAGAUUGUAAUUGUGUGUUUUUUGGUUGGGUUUGACCCAUUACAGCGAAGUCUACCAAGACAGUUAUUCGGGAUAUGAUACAUGUUGAGGGGUUAGUCGGCGGUGAAGACAUGGCAGCGGUAGUCAUUUUAUCAAUCAAAUACAAGCACUUCAAAGUACUGAGGUCACCAUCACAAAACAUCA